CUGUCAUUCAGGCCUCACUCUCCAAUCAGAGCCUCUUGCGGACCCACCAGUCAGAUGGGAGGGUACUUCUGGGAGCCAAAGCUUGUUUCCUGUGGAAGUCGGAAGUUGUCCCGUGUGUUGUGCUUUGGGCUCCACCUUGGUGAGAAGGCGGGUUAGCUUGGCUGCUGCACCAUGAAUACAGUGACCUAUGAUGAUUUACAUAUCGACUUCACUUGGAAAGAAUGGGCAUUGCUGGAUCCUUCUCAGAAAAAUCUCUACAAAGAUGUGAUGCUGGAGACCUACAGGAAUCUCACUACUAUAGGAUACAAUUGGGAUGACCAUAGAAUUGAGGAACAUUAUCAGAGUUCUAGAAGACAUAAAAGGUAUGAAAGAAGUCAUACUGGAGGGAAAACAGCUAAAUAUACUCUAUGUGUUAAAGCCUUUCCAAAUCAUAGUCAUCUUCAAAGGCUUGAAAGAAUUCAGACUGGAAAGAAACCCUAUAAAUGUAAUCAAUGUGGUAAAGCAUUUGCACAUCACGGUAGUUUCCGAGUCCAUAAAAGAACACAUACAGGAGAGAAACCCUAUAAAUGUAAUCAGUGUGGUAAAUCCUUUGCAUGCCACAGUAAUCAACGAUUACAUGAAAGAACACAUACUGGAGAAAAACCCUAUGAAUGUGAUCAGUGUGAUAAAGCCUUUGCACGUUCUUCUACUCUCUACAUACAUAAAAGAACACAUACUGCAGAGAAACCCUAUGAAUGUAAUCAUUGUGGCAAAGCCUUUGCACGUCAGAGUCAUCUUCAAUGCCAUGAAAGAACACAUACCGGAGAGAAACCCUAUGAAUGUAACCAGUGUGGUAAAACCUUUGCACGUCACUUUACUCUUCAGAUACAUAAAGGUACACAUACUGGAGAGAAACCCUAUGAAUGUAAUGUGUGUGGUAAAUCCUUUGCUUGUCACAGAACUCUCAAAUUACAUAAAAGAACACAUACUGGAGAGAAACCUUAUGAAUGUAACCAAUGUGGUAAAGUCUUCUCAUAUCUCUGUAAUCUUCGUAUGCAUAAAAGAAUACAUACUGGUGAGAAACCCUAUGAAUGUAAUCAAUGUGGUAAAACCUUUACACAUCACAACAAUUUUCAAAAUCAUAAAAGAGCACAUACUAGAGAGAAACCCUAUGAAUGUAAUCAGUGUGGUAAAACCUUUGCAUAUAGUAAUGCUCUCCGAAUACAUAAAAGAAUACAUACUGGAGAGAAACCAUAUGAAUGUAGUGAAUGUGGUAACACCUUUGCACAUAGCAGUACUUUUAUAAGACAUAAAAGGACACAUACUGGAGAGAAACCCUAUGAAUGUAACCAAUGUGGUAAAGCCUUUGCACGUCAGAGUCAUCUUCAAAGCCAUGAAAGGACCCAUACUGGUGAGAAACCCUAUGAAUGUAACCAGUGUGGUAAAGUUUUUGCAUGUCAGAGUCAUCUUCAAUGCCAUGAAAGGACCCAUACUGGUGAGAAACCCUAUGAAUGUAACCAGUGUGGUAAAGCCUUUGCACAUCAAUGUAAUUUUCAAAGACAUCAAAGAAUACAUACUGGUGAGAAGCCCUAUGAAUGUAACCAGUGUGGUAAAGUUUUUGCAUGUGUCAGUACACUUAGACGUCAUGAGAAAAAAUACGGCAAAAAAAACCUGUAAAAUGUAGUCAGAGUAUUCUGGAGAAAACAAUUGACAAUGUCAGCAAUCUAUUCAAGCAUUAUGGUGUCCAUCUUUAUUUUGUUUGUACCUGCAAGUCCUGGGGAGGGGGAGACCCUUUGAAUUUAAACGAUAAGGUAAACCUUUUAUAUUUCAUACUUCUCUUUAAGUAUAUGUAAUAACUAAUUUAGUUGUAAACUUUUAUAAAUUUGUGCUAGUGUCUUUUCUGUUGUGAUAAAAUAUAAUGUCUGCGUCAACUUAUGAAAGAGUUUAAUUUGGUCCUUGAUUCCAGAGAGAUACAAGAUUAACAUGAAAGUGGCAACAAGUGUCAGAUAUAUGAGUUAAAUCAGGAGACUGAGAACUCACAUCCUUAAUUUGUAGCAUGAAGCAGAGUGGGAACUGGAGGUGUGUGACUAUAAAUUCUCAAAGCAUACCCCCAUGACAAAUUUCCCCCAGCAGGGCAGCAUUUCCUAAAUCUUCUCAAAUGAUGCCACCAACUGAGAAGGACUAAUUUCUCUGAUACAUACUUGUUUUCUGUUACAUGAACCAAUUCAUGAUGAAGAAAAGUUCUUUAAAUAACCCUAUAGAUGCCUCAACAUCUGUGUCACAAGAAUAAAUACUUAUAAAAUAAAAAUUUUCAUGAGUGAAA